AAACAUGUAUGAUCAAAAUCUUGCAAAUAUAGUAACGGCCCAAAAAGCCCAACUAUUUUUACUAUAAAUAGUAACAUUGCCGCCGGAACACAAAUAUAUCCGCAAAUCCCUAAAUUAUUAUAUUCCCUGGUUGAUCAACGGCGAUUUCAUCCUCGUUAAUGUCUUACCCGGAAAGAAAGAGGAAGAAGACACGGUGGUCAACGCCGCAUUCGACUCCAAACCCGUCACUUCCCGAUGAUUUGCUAUUGAGCAUCUUCGCACGCGUCAUCUUCGCACGCGUGUCAAGAUUAUACUAUCCUACUCUCUCACUCGUAUCCAAGAGCUUUCGAUCUCUCCUAGCUUCACCAGAGCUUUACAAGGCCAGGUCACUCUCGGCAAACACCGAGAGUUGUCUCUAUGUAUGCUUACGGUGCUGUUCUGGUUAUCGCUGGUUCACCCUCUGCCGUAAACCUGAUCAAACCAUAACCAAUAAUAAGGAGAGGAAGUCAAGUGGUUAUGCUUUGGCUAGAGUCCCAAUUCCCGGUGGUUCUCCUAAUGUACGAUCUUCGAGUCUCGUGGCCGUUGGUUCUGAUAUCUACAACAUUUGCGGAUCCAUCAACAAAGCGUCCCCCUCCUCUAGCGUCUCGAUUCUGGAUUGCCGGUCUCACAAGUGGCGAGAGGCUCCAAGCUUGCCGGUGGAGCUAUGUUCAGUUUCUGCUAGCGUCCUUGAUCAAAAGAUAUAUGUAGCAGGAUGCUACAACCAAGUUCAAGGUAAUGGCUAUCCUGAUUCCCGGAAAAACUCCUUUGAGGUGUUAGACACAAAAACACAAAUUUGGGAGACUAAGCCCGUCCCUUGCUGCAGCGGGAGGAUAUACAAUUUUUUUAACUCCAAAAGCACUUGUAUUGAUGGAAAGUUCUACGUGGUGACUGAAGAUAGAGGAAGUGAGGUUGCUUACAAUUCCAAGGAAGGUAGAUGGGAUUCCAAGGAACUUGGGAUGGGUGGUUUUAUGUUUUCAGAUUCUUAUUGCGAGAUAGAUAACGUUUUGUACUCUUUAUCCGAUGGAGCGUUCAGAUGGUAUGACACUGAGGUAAGAGAGUGGAAAGAUUUGAAUGGUUUGUUUCAGCUGCCUAAGUUCUCUGCUAGUGCUUGUGUUAGAUUGGCUGAUUAUGGUGGAAAGAUGGCGGUCUUGUGGGACCAAUUGCCUUAUCAUUAUGGCUAUCAAAAGGAGAUUCAUUGUGCGGUGGUUGAAAGGCCCACAAGAUAUGAAAUGUGGGGGAAAAGUUGUGAAAUUUGGGGGAAAGUUGAGUGGUGUGAUCUUAUGCUUACAGUCCCUACAUCGUAUGUUCUUGUUAAGGUUCUUGCUGCUACGCUUUGAUGAAUGCGUCACAAAGCUUCAAGAGUGACUUUGUCUCUUGUUUCACUUCUAAUUAUCUGAUGUCACUUGUUACUUGUUAAGCUUAUUUUGUGACCAAAACGUUUUUGAAGCACGUUUUGUGUUGAAAUGUUGGAAGCUAAAGUGGUUGCAUAAGAGAUUUACCACUUCUCGUA